CCUUUCUAUCUUUGAUGGCAGUGAAGACUCGCUCGAAGACCCGAGCUUCACUGACCACAACCAUGGGGAGUUCAGGGGGGGUGAAACAAAUGAAAUGAAGGUGGAGCUGCAACAGGCGCCGAAGUCCAGACCUGGAGGUCCGCAGAGCGCAGAUCUUUGGUCUGGACCGGCCCUUGAGGGGCAAACAGGCGCAGCUCUCCGGGAAGAACCGAGUCCUCUGCUCGGGGAGAUCUGCCAGCGUCCCGGUGUCAUGGAUGAAAUGAAGUCCAUGAUGGAGAAGCAAGUGAGGGACCGGGAAUCCGAAAGUGAUCUGAUCACACUUAAAAGUGACAUCAUGACGCUUUUGGAGAAAUGUAAAAGAUUCACAGAUACAAUCUGGGACUCUGACGAGCAAAAGUGUCAAAAAAAUAAAGUUAUGACCCUGGAGUUGGAAAAAGAAAAUAAAGAAAUUAGCAAGGAACUUGCAACUCUUAAGGAUAAACUUUUCAACAUGUUAUCUUUAAAAGACAAGUUUCUCAAAUUGACAAAACAGCGUGAGUUUGUACAGGGCCAAAAAGCGUGGCUUGGAAGUCAGAUUUCAAAUCUGAAGCUCAAGAUUCAAAAUGAGGAAGCUCUUUUGAUGUCAACUUUGGGUCUUUCUGCUAAAGAACUUGAAGAAAAAUAUAAAGAAGAAUUCAGUCAGAUCAAGCUGUUGCAGGGGCAACGUGCACAGCUUCACACUGAGUUUAAUCAUCUCAGAAGCAAAAGUUCUGUAGCAUCAUCUCUCAGAGGGAGAGUGUCCAACCUCAAAGAUCGAACCUCUGUCCAAGAUUGAGGAGCUGAAACUUCGUCAGAGAAUGCGUCAGUGUGUCUCAGUAGGACAACCAAGUUUGGAACCCAUAGCAGAGUCGUGAAAAACACAACUCCCCAAAAUAGGACAACCACUGUGUGGCGGACUGUUGAUAGGAAACACCAGAAAAACUAGUAGGUUAAUAAUAGGUUUAAAAAUUUGUAAAUUAGGUCACCAUGAUUAGAAAUUAGGUAUCCA